AUGCUGGUGAAGAAGCAAGCAGGGAAAGGAGGGGGGCGGGAGCCGGGCACCGAGGACCGGAGCCCAGCCGGGCAGCGUUGUGCCCGGACCGUGUCCCCGUGCGCAGCCCUGGCGGCCCUCCUGUCAGUGGUGGCCGUGAUGUCUUGUCUGUACCUGGGGGUGAAAACCAACGACCUCCAGGCGAGGAUCGCCGCCCUCGAAUCCGCCAAAGGCGACCCUUCCAUCCGUCUGCUGCCUGAUGGUCUGGAUCAUCUCAAAGCAAUGGUGCAAGAGAAAGUGGAGCAACUUCUGGCUCAGAAAUCCUAUGAACACAUGGCUAAAAUAAGAAUAGCAAGAGAAGCACCUUCAGAGUGCAACUGCCCGGCAGGCCCUCCAGGGAAACGAGGUAAGAGGGGCCGAAGAGGAGAAUCUGGUCCUCCUGGUCAGCCUGGUCAUCAGGGCCCUCCUGGUCCAAAAGGUGAUAAGGGAGAACAAGGAGAUCAGGGACCUCGGGGUCUGCCAGGCUUCCCCACAGUUGCUGCCCUGCACAGUAAUCAGAUCCUCACCGUCAAGGGUGACCAAGGACAGGCUGGGCCUCCAGGCCCCCCAGGCCCUCCAGGCCCACGAGGGCCUCCUGGGGACACAGGGAAAGAUGGCCCCCGCGGAAUGCCAGGAGUGCCCGGUGAACCAGGGAAACCAGGAGAACAAGGUUUGAUGGGUCCUCUGGGGCCUCCAGGACAGAAGGGUUUCGUUGGAGUACCUGGAAUUCCAGGGUUGAAUGGGCAAAAGGGUGAACCCGGGUUGCCUGGAGCAGUAGGACAGAAUGGCAUACCAGGGCCAAAGGGAGAACCUGGAGAACGAGGAGAAAAGGGAGAUGCUGGAGAGAAUGGCCCCAAAGGUGACACAGGCGAAAAGGGUGACCCUGGAUCAUCUGCUGCAGGAAUUAAGGGAGAACCAGGAGAAUCUGGUCGUCCAGGGCAAAAGGGUGAACCAGGGCUUCCUGGGCUUCCUGGACUUCCGGGGAUAAAGGGAGAACCAGGUUUCAUUGGUCCUCAAGGAGAACCAGGCCUACCAGGCUUACCGGGAACAAAGGGUGAACGUGGGGAGGCAGGGCCUCCCGGAAGAGGGGAUCGAGGUGAGCCUGGAGCCCCUGGACCAAAGGGUGAUCGUGGAGACAAAGGGGACUCUGGAGCCCUGGGACCAAGGGGUCCACCUGGUCAAAAGGGAGAUCAAGGAGCCACUGAGAUCAUAGACUACAAUGGCAACCUCCACGAAGCCUUGCAGGGUCCCCCUGGACCACCUGGACCUCAAGGACUACAAGGGCCAAAGGGAGAGCCAGGAUCUCCAGGAGUCCCAGGAGUUGAUGGAGAGCAGGGGCUCAAAGGCUCAAAGGGAGACACGGGGGACCCAGGUAUGCCAGGUGAAAAAGGAGGAAUUGGACUUCCUGGAUUACCGGGUGCCAAUGGAAUGAAAGGAGAAAAAGGAGACUCGGGAUUGCCAGGUCCUCAGGGUCCCUCCAUCAUAGGCCCACCAGGCCCACCAGGUCCCCAUGGCCCUCCAGGCCCCAUGGGACCCCAUGGACUUCCUGGACCAAAGGGUGAACCAGGGUUAAAUGGUGUUAAAGGAUUGAAGGGUGAACCGGGUCCAAAGGGUGACAGAGGACCCCUUGGUCUUCCAGGAGCAUCUGGCUUAGACGGAAAGCCAGGAUCCCGGGGUACAGAUGGCCCUAUGGGACCCCAUGGCCCUGCAGGUCCCAAAGGAGAAAGAGGUGAAAAAGGCGCUAUGGGAGAGCCGGGACCCCGAGGGCCCUACGGUCUGCCCGGUUUCCCUGGUCCACGAGGCGAGAAGGGUGAUCUAGGAGAAAAGGGGGAAAAGGUGACCUCUCCAUCUUAG